AUGAAGGAUCUAGUCUAUGAAAGGUCUAUUGCAGGAUCAUUAGUUAAAAAAGAAUUUGGUGCUGUGAAUCAUCCCCACAUGGAGUCCACUGUGGAGAUAUUCAAAUUUGAGGAACAACAACGUUCUCUGGUACACCUGAAGACUAUAAAACACGAACUUCUCAAAAGUGUGAAUGACAUUGUGGUUCUUGGAGCAGAACAGUUCUAUGCCACCAGAGACCACUAUUUUACCAACUUCUUCUUGGUACUAUUAGAGAUGGUCAUGGAUCUUCGCUGGACUUACAUUCUUUUCUACAGUCCAAGAGAGGUUAAAGUGGUGGCCAAAGGAUUUAGUUCUGCCAAUGGGAUCACCAUCUCACCAGACAAGAAGUAUAUCUAUGUAGCUGAUGUACUGGAUAAGAACAUUCAUGUAAUGAAAAAACAUGACAACUGGGAUUUAACUCAACUCAAGGUAAUCCAGUUGGGCACCUUAGUGGAUAACUUAACUGUUGAUCCUGACACGGGAGAUAUUUUGGCAGGAUGCCAUCCUAAUGCCAUCAAGCUGCUGAUGUAUAAUACUGAGGAUCCUCCAGGGUCAGAAGUACUUCGGAUCCAGAAUGCUGUCUCAGAAGAGCCCAGGAUAAGCACUGAGUAUGCCAACAAUGGCUCAGUGCUUCAGGGCAGCUCUGUGGCUUCUGUGUACCAGGGGAAGCUUCUCAUAGGCACCGUAUUUCACAAAGCUCUGUACUGUGUGCUCUAG